UGGUUGUUUUUUUCUCUUCUUCGGAUUCACGUUUGGUGCUGCUCGUCGUCGCCCGCGUUCCUGCGAUCUUUGUUUAUUAUUUCGCUGGGACCGUGAAUUGAAGAGACGAUCUUGUCUUGGACUUGUGUCUGGCUUAGCUCUUGUGCUAGACUUGUCCUGACUCGUUUCUGUUCAGUUCUUCGUUGCAAGUUUAUCUAUAUCAGAUCGCACUCUUCGCCCAUCUUUUUGUGCGUGUUUUUAUUAUUAUCAGUCACUCUCAUUUGCAUAGGGCAGGCUACGAGUACUACGAGUACUACGACAGUACAUCACAGCAUUCUGCCCUACCCACGCUCUCUACCUCCCUGUCAUUCAUUAUACCUUGCAAAACCUUUUCUAACUUGGUCCAUCGGUUUUUUUCAAUACAUACAUUCCGCCGUUGCUCUCCUUCUCAUCCAUUUCAUUCUCCUACCUCAUACCCGGAAAUAUGGACGACUCCCAAACAGCUUUUGCAACUCACUACCCUUCUUACGGUUUUGAUCUCGACAUGAUGAAGAGGUCUAUGGAUGCCGUCGGUGGUCCUGAUGCCAAAAAGGCACGUUGGUCCCCCACAUUUAGUGCUUCUGCUACCUCCGCUGCGGCACCUACUACUGUUACUCGCGACGCCUUUGCCAAUUAUGGUUAUGGUCCACAUGCUCAGAUCAACCAGCCUUUCCAACCUUCAUCUCCUGCCUUCUCCAAUCAGCUUUACUCUACUCCGAAUCUUACGAUUAACACUGCUGUCAAUGGUGCAGGCAUGAACCCUCAAAUGAGCCCCGCACACCAAAACCCAUUUGCCCAGCAACAGCAACAGCACACACCUCAGCCAAACGGUGUGGGCCCAUAUGGAGGCUUUGCAUGUUGGGCGGUUUUUCCCUAUGGCGCGCAGGCUGGUAACUAUGGUCAGCAAUCUCGGCUACCUUCUCUAAAUGUCAACAUUCCUCCGACUCCAGGUGCUUACUCACCGGCGGCUAUCUCUGCCGCGCUUUCUGCAACGACCAAUGCCACUGGUCGCACCGUUUAUGUUGGCAACCUCCCCGCAACCGCCUCUGUCGAUGAGCUACUUAACCUCGUGCACUUUGGCCCCCUCGAAUCCAUUCGUGUUCUUCCUGAAAAAUCGUGUGUUUUCCUGUCCUUUCUUGACGGUGCAACCGCUGCGGCGUUCCACGCCGACGCCACCAUCAAGAAGCUCUCCCUUCACGGCCAGGAACUUAAGAUCGGAUGGGGAAAGCCAUCUCCUGUCAGUGCGCAGGUGAGCCUUGCGAUCAGCCAGAGCAACGCGAGCCGGAACGUAUACCUCGGUGGCCUGGAUGAAAACACGACAGAAGAGCAGUUGCGGGAUGAUCUCAGCCGGUUCGGGCUGAUUGAUCAGGUCAAAAUUGUCCGUGACAAGAACAUUGGGUUCGUACAUUUCUUGAGUAUCUCGGUUGCUACCAAGGUGGUUAACACGCUCCCUACUGAGCCAGCUUGGGCUGGAAAACGCGUCAACUACGGCAAGGAUCGUUGCGCAUAUAUACCCAAGUCUCAGCAAGCUGCUGCACAAGCUGCCCAGGCUGCCGCCGCCCAAUCUCUCGUCGCUCAAUCUGCAAAUCUCAGCCCUGCUGCGGGUCCGAAUCACUUUGGUUCGCCAUUCUCGCCUUAUCCCUUUACAACGGACAUGACAGGUGGUCAAACCCUCAAUCGCACGGUCUACUUGGGCAACAUUCAUCCCGAGACAACAACUGAAGAUUUGUGCAACGCUAUUCGUGGUGGUGUGUUGCAGAGCGUAAGGUACAUGCAGGACAAGCACAUUGCCUUCGUCACUUUUGUUGACCCUGCAGCAGCGUUCACGUUCUACCAAGUGGCAUCCUACCAAGGCCUCACCUUGAACAACCGGCGGCUCAAGAUUGGUUGGGGCAAAAAUUCCGGUCCACUGCCGCCUAGCCUUGCGCUCGCUGUGCACUCAGGGGCCACCAGGAACGUUUAUGUGGGCAACAUUGAAGACUUUGAAUUAUUCAACGAGGAGAAGCUAAAGAGGGACUUUGGCGAGUUUGGAGAUAUCGAGCUGGUAAAUUUCCUGAGGGAGAAGAACUGUGCCUUCGUCAACUUCACUAAUAUCUCUAACGCUAUUAAGGCCAUCGAUAGCAUUAAGAUUAAGCCGGAAUAUGCAAACUUGCGUAUUGCGCAUGGCAAGGAUCGGUGUGCGAACCCGCCGCGAUCGGGUCCCCAAGGUGGCUCUUCAGUCAGGCGGAGCGCCAGUGGAAAUGGGCCAGCAAGUGCAGAGCCCGCAAGCGCUAUUGAGCCCAUCGAGUCUUCCCAGUUUGUGGACCCUGAAGACGAAGGGAACAAUGCAAACGUCAUUGUAUCUGGCCCAGAGGAGAUGGAAGCAUCCAUUUAAAUAUGGAUCGCCUAGAGAGUGAGGUGUGCUGUGGAAGUGCCCACUUAUACCCCGCGUAUCUCCCUCUCGAAAAAGUCGCCAACAGCAAGUGGAUGGGAAGGAUAGCCUCGGAUGUCCUCGUGAGGGGGACCCAUUGGGCUAUUGGUUGUUGUGUUCUUUAUUCACUUCGCUUUCUCAGUCUGGCCGUUGUUAGUGUUACUUUACUCACUUUUGUGUCUUCUUUAUCUUUUACUUUCUUUCCAU